CAGUGCACACAUCAAUUAUUUGAAGGCUGCACUUUUCAUGGAAGAAGAAGAUUCAAAGCCAGCGUACAUUUAGUGGCACCCUAACAGUGAUCCAUAACAGCUAGAUAUGUCACAUCUGAGAGUAGGUCUUUGCCCAGCACUAUCGACAGAAACACUAGAUGCAUUAAAUACUGCAGGAGUGAGGACAGUGGUGGAAUUUGUAGGUGCAGAUUUUGAGGAGCUCUCACAGACUUGUUCAGUCUCAUACAAGACACUGCAGUCGAUACGGCGACUGCUACUUGCACAAAACUCUACCCUUCCAAUCAACGGAGCUGAUCUUUAUGACCAUGUGAUAUCAUCAGUUGCUAUUCUAUCCACUGGAUGUAAGAGUGUGGAUGAGUUGCUAGAUGGUGGUCUGUACACAUCUGAAGUAACAGAAGUCACCGGGGUACUAGCCACAGGAAAAUCACAGCUAUGCCUGUCAGCAUCUGCUAGUGUCACCCUAACAGCCCAGCAGAAUGUCUUAUACAUUGAUACUACUGGUGCGUACAGCAGCCACAGACUACAGGAUAUUAUGAUAUCAAGAGAAAGCUCAGAAAAGGACGUGGCUGCAGCUCUUCAGAGACUGCGAUGUAUCAGGAUCUUUGAUCUCUUCGAUCUCCUCAGUCUACUCGAGCGCACCAAGACCUCCUUAGCUAGUGGCAAUGAUACGUUUUAUGCAUCCCUCAAGCUGGUAGUAGUUGAUUCUGUUACGGCGGUGGUUGGGCCACUGCUCGGUGGCCAACAAACAGACGGCCAUGUAAUGAUGAUGCAUCUAGCAAGAUCUCUCAAAGCAUUAGCCGUAGAAUACUCGGUUGCCAUCCUGGUGAGCAAUAAUCAAGUCGGCAGUGAGGGCGGUGAAAGAAAGCCCGCCCUCGGUGUCUCCUGGGCACAUGUGCCUCACUGUCGCAUCGUCUUAACACAUCACAGACCCGGUGAUGCAAACUUGCAGCCUGCCAAUCAACAGGACACACAGAGAGUGGCAAGGAUCAUCAAAUCAGGAAGACAGGAAACCAACAUCAGUUGUACUUUCAAGAUUGAUGAAACUGGAAUCUGCAAUUAACAUUUUAUGCCACGGCAUCCACAGGAUUCUCUGAUGACUGCAUAAUGCAAAACAAAAUAUUUUGACCAACCCAACUUCUUGAAGAUGAAAUUGUCAAGGAUUAUGAUCUGCUGCAAUAUUUCUGUAUUUUUGAUCACAAUGCAUGGUGUUCUUUGUGAAUGUCUAUGGUAAACAUUUUAGUUGAUGCUAUAUAAGAGACUCUUAUUUGUUUUCGUCCAAGAAACUGGCGUCCGUCAUUUAAAAAGUAAAUGCACUUUGGUCAGGUCUGCCAUAAUCAGAUACAAGACUCUUCAUCUAUAUGGGAUUUGAGACAUUGCAUGGUGAGGUAACAAUUUGGUUUGCGGUAACACAAUGUGUGUGUAUCUACUUGCCAGAGAAAUUUUGAGAAUUUGUCUUGCUUUAUAUUCUACUGUUGGGGAAGAUUUAAUUCUACUAUUGGGGAAGAUUUAUCGAAAUUUGGGAGAAAAGAACUGUCCUGCUUUUUAAUUGUCCUACCUUUGCAGUAGGUAAACAAUUGGCCAGGACUACUACUUUUGCUUAAAGUGGAUCAAGGAGACUUUUUUGUUCUUAACUUCACUACUGCGGAAUGACUUCUUAAUUGGUCUCAACAUUUGGACUAGCCUGCUCUAGUCAUGGUCAGGAGACUCUCAUCUACUUAACUGGUGUCUGUCAUUUCAAACUGAGAGCACUGAAAGAGGAAAAGUGUUGUAUAGAGCCCGUGCUGUGUCAGAACGAGUGGCUGCCGUCUGCCUAUGGACUUCUUCUCGUGUCCAUGCGGUUGAAUGCUAUCCCUCCAGUAGUUGGCAUACUGAAGGGCAGUGUCGGUUGCCUUUUAGCCAGGUCAUCAGUAGUAGUUGCUGAUGGAAGUAGGGGGCAGGUAGGACAUGGUC